UUGGUCGGCGCGAGGAUGUGGCGCGGCACGGCUAGGCUGGCAUUGGCUGGCGCGAUGGGGGGUGGGGCCUGGGCCCCUGCCGGGGGGCAGGGUUGGGGCGCGUACCCGUCGCUCUUCUUGAGCAGCCGCGGCAGUUUUGGUGCUGUGAGUUCAGGCUCCUCGUGCAGCGGCGCAGUCGGCGGAGCGGAGCCGCAGCACCGGACCUUCAGCGGGAGAGCAGGCUUCUUGGGAAGGAUUAAACAAAUUCCAACAAUGCCUGAAAUAAACACUGACGAUCUUGAUGAGCAGCAGGUUCAGCUCCUUGCAGAGAUGUGCAUUCUUAUUGAUGAAAAUGAUAACAAGAUUGGUGUAGAGACCAAAAAGAAUUGCCAUCUGAAUGAAAACAUUGAUAAAGGAUUAUUACAUAGAGCUUUUAGUGUCUUCUUAUUUAAUACAGAAAAUAAGUUAUUGCUGCAGCAGAGAUCAGAUGCUAAAAUUACUUUUCCAGGUUGUUUUACAAACACUUGUUGUAGUCAUCCAUUAAGCAACCCAGGAGAACUGGAAGAAGAUAAUGCCAUAGGAGUAAGGCGGGCAGCUCAGAGACGUUUAAAGGCUGAACUAGGAAUCCCCAUGGAACAGGUUCCUCCAGAAGAUAUUUCCUAUCUAACACGAAUCCACUACAAGGCACAAUCUGAUGGGAUUUGGGGAGAACAUGAAAUUGAUUAUAUCUUGUUUGUGAGGAAGAAUGUAACCUUAGAUCCAAAUCCUAAUGAGAUUAAAAGCUAUUGUUAUGUGACCCAAAAAGAACUAAAAAAACUCCUGGAAGAAGCAGCUAAUGGUGAAAUUAAGAUUACACCCUGGUUCAAAAUCAUUGCCGAGACUUUUCUGUUUAAAUGGUGGGAUAACUUGAAUCACUUGAAUAGAUUUGUUGAACAUAAGAAAAUUCACAGAAUGUGAAAAUAUGGGUCUAGAAAACUCCACAUUAAAGUCAUUUUAAAAUUACCUUGUUCUCUUUUAUGAGGACCGUCAUAGAUGAUAUGCUGUUUGAAUAUGUAGAAAGACCACUGGCUAGGUGACUGUAAAUUGUAUGUCUUAGGUGUACACAUGGCCAAAAAGUGUAUACAUGUGGAAGAUGUUUUAUUUAAAAAUAAAGCAGAAACCACACCUGCCUGCAGACACACUCAGAAUUUAGCUAGAUUAAAUUAUUUUAACAUAUGCCUCAAAUCUAUUUGUGGCAAAUUUACACAAAUUAAGUUUUAAUAUGAUUGGGACAGACUUUUUCAGUAUCUAAGUUUAUAUUGUGGUUCAGAUAAAGGUAUUUGUCUAAAGGAGGAAUAUAUUUACCUCUAAAAUAUUGAUUACCUUAUCUGUUUGGCUAUUGUGAAACAUGCUGAAAUAAUUUCAGUGUAACUCUAUUAAACUAGUACAGAAGAUUUUAAAGAAAUUGGUGAUGUCUUAAAGGUUUGGUUUCUUUACCUCUAUUCAGAGUAAAAAUGGGGAUUAGUCGUUCUGAAAGUGGGUCUUUAAAAAAAAGGAAGAAAAAGUAGUUUUAAGUUUUACAACUGCUUUUUGUAUAAAUAUUUGAAUUCAAACAGCACUAUUCUAGGGACAAGUAACAGGACAAGCCUUUUAAAAAAGUUUUUCAGCUAGGCAAAUUUUUCAUAGCAAAGUUUUAAAAAUCAAAGUGAUUGCAACUAUUCAUGAACUAGGAAUGUGGAUCAGAAAAUGAAGAGAGUGUGACUUGAUUAUAGAAGAGAACAAUUAAAGCCUGACAUCUGUUUUAAGAUAGUGUAUACUAAGACGUUCUAGGAACCAGCCUGACUCAAGGAAAUUUAGGUUAUUGAGGUAAUAAGAUAGGCAGUUUUAAAUUUACCUUCUGGUUUGCUUGAAUACCAUUUGAAAUCUUGGGAGAUUGUGUUAACCAUAGAAGUUAGAGUCUAACAAAAGAUGAAGAGAAAAUUUAAAAUUUGUUUCUUAAACCUUUGAUACACAGGUAAAGUGGGGUGGGGAAGGGAUCAUCAUAUGUCCUUAAACUUUAACAUGUAUUUAUUUAUAAUUUCUAAAUGAUUAUAUUGAACCUUUUUUGUCCUGCUAAUCUGUAUACAGCGUGACUUAUGAUGGAUUUAUUUUACUAAACAAAGUAUAGACAAAAUAAAAGAAU